AUGGCCAGCGAUUUAUCACACACCCAUGGUGACCAUGCACCUUUUAACGUGGCCAUCAUUGGUGGCGGUAUUGUUGGGCUCCACGUCGCCCUAGGACUCACGAAGCGUGGCAUCCCCGUCACGAUCUAUGAGCAAGCCCAUGAGCUUAAGGAGAUCGGGGCUGGCAUGGGCUUCACGUCCAACAUAGUCGGUUGCAUGGCCGCUAUAGACCCUAAGGUCGCUGAAAGUCUGGACAAUGUGUCAAUUAAAUCUGCUAGCAAAAUGCGCUGGAUUGAUGGACUCGCCAGGGAGGAUUUAAGGUCCAGACCUAAGGAGCGCUUGUUUGACGUUGAACUGGGCUUCGAUGCGGAGGCAAUAACCAGGGCAACCCACCGUGGACAUUUCUUAAGAGGGCUGAUCAAUCUGCUCCCACCCGACCAGAUCAAGCUUGGAAAGCGCCUGGAUACCAUCGUGCAGAGUGGCGAGAACGAGAAGCUUCUUCUCAAAUUCUGCGACAACACGACUGCCGAGACUGACGCUGUCAUCGGUUGUGACGGCAUUAAAUCGUGCGUUCGUCGACUUGUCCUAGACGAAAACGAUCCUGCCGCUAUUCCGCAUUAUGGCCACGAAAUUGCCUAUCGCUGUCUUGUCGAUAUGGACAAAGUUCUUCCGGUAAUGGGCGAUCUUUGCAAAACCAUGGUGAUGUAUACCGGCCAGGGCGCCCACCUCAUGGCAUAUCCCGUGGACAAUUUCAAAUCCUUGAACGUGGCAGCCUUUGUCCAUGAUAAUGGUGAAUGGCCCCAAAGCGAGAAGCACACCAUUUCUGGGAGUAAGAAGGAUAUCGAGAAAGCAUUUUCUGGCUUCGGGCCUACCGUACGAUCCUUGGUAGCGGUUCUGCCCGAUGAGCUUAAUUGCUGGGCCAUGUUCGAUACAUUCGACCACCCUCUGUCCACCUAUGCCUACGGCCGAAUCACGCUUGCCGGAGAUGCUGCUCACGGCUCCACCCCGCAUUACGGUGCCGGUGCUGGCAUGGGUGUAGAGGACGCGCUGGUUUUAUCAACUGUUCUCGAGCAAGCGGCAACAAAGAUUAGAACCAACGGUGUUGCCGUUAGCAAGGCUAAAGUCCUGUCAGCUGCAUUCGAGGCGUAUGACGCUGUCCGGCGAGAACGCUCACAGUGGCUUGUUCGCAGCAGUCGCCGCCAAGGGCAAAUGGUCAAAAGGUUGGACCAAGAGAUAGGCAACGAUUUUGACAAAUUCAAAGAGCGGACCAAGGCGAAUAUGGACGAGUUAUACUGCUAUGACUUCAGGCCUAUGCUCCAGCAGGUAACCGAUGAGUUCGAGCGCCGGGUUUCCGGCUUGGUUUGA